AACAUUUUGGACCCAUCUGUGUUCUGCUCUCCUCAUGGUAUGGCAAUACAGAUCCAUGGACAGCAGGAGGAGGACAUACCAGUACUAGGAGUCAUCAUGAAUGGAGACUGGGCUCCGCUUGUAUCAGUAGAAUGUGCAUUCCGCAUUGGCAGCCAACCUCAGGAACUUGUCUUCUUUGCCACAUUCAGUGCACCUUGUAUUACUUUUGGAGAUGGAAUACAUCUCCGUCUUAUAUUACAUAAUCAAGAAUACACCCUUUCCUGUCCAGACGAUGUACAGUUUCCCUAUAUCCCCUCUCCACCUGUCUUUACUAGUAGUAAUCAUUUUCCCUACUUCCUCCAUGAUGUCCAUGCACCCGCUCCACUUCCUCAACCCCUUACUCAGGAUUACUUUGCCCACCAUGUAUUUGCAUACCCUCAACCUCACCAGCUCUACCCUGUUGGUGUGCGACCUGUUUUUCCUCAGCUCUCUCCAGACACUCCUUCUGGGCCUCCAUCCCAACAUUUCCCAUACUUCACAGGUCCAGCCAUGCUACGCUACUAUCCCAGCGAGCACCCAAAUUACCCUUCCCCUCCUUACCAGCCCCCCUAUGUGGUACAAGCACCAUAUACCCCAAAACCUAGCCGAGAGCAAACUCAUACACUCCAUCAAGUUUUGAAAUUGCCCAUUGGCCCUGCUCAGUAUCCAGGUAAUGUGCAUUUCCCCACACACCCUGACAGCCCUGAAUUGUAUUCUCCAGGCAAUUUCUACCCCUAUGGGCCCAUUUUCUUUCCACCACCUCCCCAGAAGGAACCUCGGCAACCUCCUGGAAAAUCUCAUUUGCCAACUCCGCUUGCUAUCUGCUCCCCUCACACGCAUACAGUCUGUAGCUACUACCCUUACCAGUAUUACCCAACUUUGUACCAGUCACAUCCAUUCUACCACCCAGUGGCCAUGCAUCCAGAGACAAAACCCACAACUGCCACAAAACGGCCUUCCACUCCCAUAUCGUCGGCAGCUCCACCACGAACUCCUCCGCUGUCACAUUUCACCCAGUGUCUGAUGGGAAGGAUAAUGGUCUUUCUGCCCUUUGCUUACCCUCACCCAGAAUUUAUCCAGGUCAAAGAUCAAAAUGCUUGGAUUCCCAUCUCCAGUGUGUCUCCACUAUGCGGCUACGUGUUAGAGAUGGUCGAGAACUUUCCCUUAAUCCUUCACAGUCCCAUGCCAGCCUGUCACAGCCAUUUAAAGACUUCCAGUACAAUUUCCUUCCCUCUGAGGGUGUGGGACCUGUACUCAGGGCAGUAUAAGAUUCUGGACUUGGAAUGCCAUCAUCAAAAUGUCCCAGAAGCUCCUGUUGUUUCCACCCCCAUCAAAGGCCAGCUGAGCUCAGAGCCUGGAGUCUUCUGUUCCUCCCAUCAGAUGACUGUGGAGCUCCCCCAGGCUUCCAUGUCUGGAAUUGUUUUGAAGGACAUCGCAGGGAAUUGGAUUAGACUCCAGGAUGCUCCAAAGCACUGUUAUUCGGCAAGCAAGGGUGAAGAUGGCAAAAUCCUUCUGCAUCUACCUUUACAGUCACAAUGUCACAUGACCAUCCAGGACCAAAUGUACCAGAUCAGUGUUGUUUACAUGACUGAAAGUGGGACAAAAGAGGCCAGUUUAUCCUGUCCAAUCACCAUUCCAAGAUAUGAUCAAGAGUGCAACCUUCCCGAUGACCACCGUCUCCCCUGCGGGCUCAGCUAUAUAACCCAGGAACAGUGUCUUUCCAUGGGCUGCUGCUUCGGCACACACACUCCUGCCUGCUACUAUCCCAUGGAUGAGUGCACUAUUGACCGGCACUUUGUCUUCUCUGUGCCUGCCUCCCUCACGGAGCCCCCGCUCUCCCCCACUUUGCUUGUUGCUGCGGGCAACUCCACCUGCAAGCCUCAGAAAGUGACGGCUGAGUAUGCCCUGUUCAAGAUCCCCAUGAAUGACUGUGGUGUACGGAGACUGGAGGUUGGAAAAACUGUCAUCUACAUGCUGGAAAUUAUCAACAUGCUCCAGGCAAUCUCGCUGAACUAUGGCACCAUCACGAGAGAUUAUCCUGUCAGGCUCUUGGUGGAGUGCCGCUAUCUGCCCAGUGAUGUUCAGACUGUGAGCUAUUUGGUUAAAACUCCAACACUGGGUGCUGCCAUUCAUACCCAGGGGGUGUUUGGAGUCCAGCUCAGGAUUGCCAAAGAUGCCCAGUACAGCAGUUACUACCCACAGUACCACCAGCCCCUGGAGAUGCUGCUGGGGAAACCGCUCUACUUGGAAGUGCGGCUUCUCAACUCCCCAGAUCCUAGUUGGGUGCUGCUGGUGCACUUCUGUGUGGCCUACCCCCGCUCUGGGAAUGCUGUGUGGGUCAUUCUUUACAACGGAUGUCCCAACCUCUUGGAUCCUGCCACAGACCAGAGUGUGCUGCCUGAUCCUCCUCUGCCUGUUCCACAGGCACAGGUCCGCCGCUUCACCAUCAAAACCUUCAUGUUCCUUCCUGAUGGGGAGGUCACAGACCCUAGCGAAGAGAUCUACUUCAUGUGCUCGACUGAAAUCUGCUCGCCACACGACGGUCCAUGUGUGGAGGGAUGCUUUGGCCGAUGACUCGCCAAUGUGGAAGAUGUUUGAAGUUGGCCGUGAGGAGGAGGCUGAUCUGGUGAACUUCUCACUACAGCAGUAGUUGCCUUUAGAAAGUGCACCACGUUACACCCAGCGCUUGUUUUCAG